GUGACAUGAAGGCGGAGGGCAAACAUGGCGUCGUCAACAACAGCAGCUCUGCUCAUUUGUUUAUCAUCAUCUCUCCUUCAGCUCAGCGCCUCUAAACUUUUAUCUGAACCUUGUUACAAACCCAUCACAGACGGAAGAGCUCAAUCUGUGAGAACGCAGGCUCGGCCGCAUGAGUACGUGAAGGCGUCGGAUCUCCCGGCGUCCUGGGACUGGAGGAACAUCGACGGGAAGAAUUAUGUGAGCGUCACGAGGAACCAGCACAUCCCCCAGUACUGCGGGUCCUGCUGGGCAAUGGGAGCCACCAGUGCACUAGCUGGUAACCAUGAAAUGCACAAUUAUUUAGGCAUGCAGUGGCUCAUGAGUGCUGUGAUAGGACUCGUGCAGCAGGAAGUGAAAAUGGCACAGCUCUUAUGUAACAGCGUGUGA